GAGGGGGGAGGGGUGCGCUACAGCCGCUAGGAGGCCGACUGCUAAUCAGAGCCCUCCCUCCGUUAACCACUUCGCCGACGGCCAACCAAUCCCUACACAAGCAACAAUGGCUCCGCUAGCAAAGACCGUGCUGUUGAUGGGAAAACAAGUCGACGAACCAGAAAUCUACCGAGCUACACGCGCAGACAAUACAACGAACAGCAGUCUGUAGCGAACAAACAUGGCUGCCUCCUUCCAGAGCAUCGCGAAGCUUUUGUGCCGUCUAUCGCCUUCUACUUUACAUCCAUUACGACAUUAUCAGUCGUGUCUGCAGAGGUUACCUGUAAGAUCCUACCUGGCUCUCCCUCCGUUUGUACCACCGCAUCACUGCUUGUGCACAGCUGCAUCGCUGCAGGACGGGGAGGCUGCUCAGGCUGCCGAGGCUCUCCUCCGCUACAAGGACAGACCCUGGGACUAUCUGGAGAGUGAAGAGUACAUUGAGAGGUAUGGAGCCAAUCCGGUGUGGGCCGGCUACAGGAGGAACCACAAAGGUGGCAUUCCCCCACAGAAGACACGCAAGACCUGCAUCAGAGGAGACAAGAUAUGUGGAAACCCCUGUCCAGUAUGCAGGGAUCCAAACGUUAUUAUCCAUCAUCAGAAUGUAAAACUGCUGCAGCAGUUCAUCAGCCCCCACACUGGCCUGCUGUAUGACCCCACUCAAACUGGUGUGUGUAUGAAACAGCAGAAGAAGCUGAACGAGGCAGUGAACACAGCACGAGAUCACGGGCUACUCCCCUUUCAGAUUCCAUAUGUGGAAUUUGCGGGAGAGGACUACUCCAAUUCCCAUGAUGCUGUGGGGUCCACCCCUCCGCCCCAGUCUCUCAGCUCCGGCGCCAGCUGGUAUCAGUGGUACAGUGAGAUCAGCCCCGAUGAGAAGGAAGUGGCUAAAGUCAAGAAGACGUACAAGGCUUACCUAAAGAGCUGAGAGGACAGAGCAGGCCGUGCUGCCAUUAAUAAUCAAUAACUGAUCCAUAUGUGUGUCUGACCAUGUACGGGACUUUCUAAAUCCUACUGGAAUACAAAUAAUCACAAUAAAAACAUGAUGAAAAUGGA